GCUUUCUUUCUUCUCUUUCGUCUCCAUUAUUUUCUGAUUUUUUCCCUUCUUUUGUCUACCUCUUGUUCUUCUUCUUUAACUUCUUCUUGUUAUUGUUGUUGUUCUUCCUCCAUUGCUCUCCUUUCUUUUCCUUUGUAUUCUUUUCUUCUUCUUUCUUCCCUUUCGUCUCCAUUCUUUUCUGGUUAUUUCCCUUCCUUUCGCCUGCUGCUAAGAAGACAAGGCUAAGGGUGUCGCAGGCGGCGCCAUGUCAAGGCGUGUGCAUGUACCCGCGCGCAACAUCCUGCCCCAGUGCUUGAAAAAGGAGGAGAAUGAUCUACGAGCUCCAGUGUUUCCCUCUUCGUGACGCGAGUGGUCGCUGCUCGUUGAAAUAUCUAUCCAAGCUGGGAAGAGGCGCGCCCGACUCGAUCCCAACACACAAACCCACCCACCCACACACACACACACAACCACACACACACCACAUACUCAAACCCACCCACACACACACACACACACACACACACACACACACACACACACACACACACACACACACACACACACACACACACACACAAACACACACACACACACACCACAUAGUCAAACCCACCCACCCACACCCACACACACGGUGAGCCACGAUGAACACCAGGCUGUCCUUACUCAUGGUGUUUCUAAAGUCAUUGUUGCCCGCGCCCGGAGCCUCCCUCAGCCCAGGCCUGGACCCACUCUGCCCCGCCCAUACUACCAUCUCGGGGGAUGAUGAAUGGGCGAGCAUUUACACCUGGCAAAAUGUGACGCUCGGCUGGGGCAUGUCCUUGUACGUGCACCCCGAUCCUGGCUUCAAGGGGGUUAGGCUCGUGGCGGCGGGCGAUGGCUGGCAGCAGGACGCCUGGUUCACGCUGGACAACACUUGCUUCCCUCUGGACGCACGGUGGUGGAGGUUGUGGGGAGGUGUAUGGGGAAGGAGGAACGAUGACAACAACAAUGAUGGCUUUCUUGACUUUGCUGUACGGACUGGUGAUUGUUAUCUUAGGUGCCGCAGAACAGACCACUUCCUUAAUGCCGUGAAUGUUACUGUUGUGGCUCACGGGCCCUCAAGGUGGAGAUUAUCGUACCCGCCUAUGCCAUGCACUGUAGAAGGAUACAAACAAGACAGAUACUCAUGGAUAAACUGCACCUCCCACCCCACCACCACCACCACCACCACCCCUACCACCACCACCACUACAACCACCACCACCACCACCAUCGCCAUCAUAGUCGUGCCGGUGGUGAUUGGUGUUGCUGUUGUUCUUGUUCUGCUAGUGGUGCUGACGAAGUGUUACUGGCAGCGAAGGGUAAAUCCAGUGCCCCGCGUGCCGACGCGGCGUGGACUGGCCGCCUCCUGGCGCGUCGGUGGCGAGGAAGCGGUCAGCGACAGCCACGUGGAGCCGCCCACGGGCCCCACCGUGCUCCCGCGCGUGGCGCCGCGGCAGCAGGAGCACAUCUUCGACGACGACGAGGAGCACAUCUACGACGAGUUCCCCGACCCUCUAAUCUGCCAGCAGAUCCCCGAGCCUCCAAUCUACGAGGAGAUCCCCGGGCCUCCAAUCUACGAGGAGAUCCCCGGGCCUUCAAUCUACGAGAAUGUCUCCGAGCAUCCACCCAGCGACAAGGCCGAAAACUUAGACUCCGAUGAUGAUGCUUACCUCACACCGAGGCGAGGCCCCCCGGGCACACCCUCAGGGCACCGACCCAGCCACGAGGCCGAAAACUUAGACUCCGAUGAUGAUGCUUACCUCACACCGAGGCGAGGCCCCCCGGGCACACCCUCAGGGCACCGACCCAGCCACGAGGCCGAAAACUUAGACUCCGAUGAUGAUGCUUACCUCACACCGAGGCGAGCACCCAUGGGCACACCCUCAGGAAUUACAGAGGGCUGAGGUCGUGCGUGAGACCCUGCUCCCGACGCACGAGGCCACGGCCGCUGCUGCACCCAGGCCAGCACGCCACGCAGGGGUAAGCACUGCAGGAUGAGGGCAACCAGGCGGCAGCACAGUGCCCUCCAGCCAAGCAGGGGGCAGCACCGUGCCCUCCAGACAAGCAUGGGGCAGCACCGUGCCCUCCAGACAAGCAGGGGGCAGCACCGUGCCCUCCAGACAACCAGGGGGCAGCACCGUGCCCUCCAGACAACCAGGGGGCAGCACCGUGCCCUCCAGACAACCAGGGGGCAGCACCGUGCCCUCCAGACAAGCAGGGGGCAGCACCGUGCCCUCCAGACAAGCAGGGGGCAGCACCGUGCCCUCCAGACAACCAGGGGGCAGCACCGUGCCCUCCAGACAAGCAGGGGGCAACACCGUGCCCUCCAGACAAGCAGGGGGCAGCACCGUGCCCUCCAGACAAGCAGGGGGCAGCACCGUGCCCUCCAGACAAGCAGGGGGCAGCACCGUGCCCUCCAGACAACCAGGGGGCAGCACCGUGCCCUCCAGACAACCAGGGGGCAGCACCGUGCCCUCCAGACAACCAGGGGGCAGCACCGUGCCACACACACACACACACACACACACACACACACACACACACACACACAAGUACAUUUUCCUGGACCAUAAAGUUUCCAAAUGGCUCCAAUCACUAAUUUAUAUUUUAUUGUUUUGUUGUUUAUUUGUUUGUUGUUUAUGGUGAUGGCGCGGAGGAGGAGGAAGAGGAGGAGGAGGAGGAGGAGGAGGAGGAGGAGGAAGAGGAGAAGGAAGAGGAAGAAAAAGAGGAGGAGGAUACGGGGAAGAGGAAGAGAAGGGGGAGGAGGAGGAAAGGAGUGAACAUGGAUUAUAUUUCUAAGCGAGUUUUGUUGUUUCAACAAUUUCUUUUCUUAUUUUAGUUUUUUGCUUUACUUUUUCAGUUUUUUGCUUCAUAUUUCUGGUGCCAGUGUUCACUCUCAGCCUGCUGCGUGUUUUCCCUCCAUGAUCAUUCCUGCCAAGUGUUCGUCUUAGUGGAUUUUUUUCUUAAUUCAGUCAGCUUUGUUUUUUUUUUAGUUUGAGUGCGAUGAUUUUCUUUUGGCUCACACCUGUCCUACGUGUGUCACUAUGUUAAAACUUCACCACAGCAUUGUUCGCCACACACUCCAGUGAGCCUGUUACACGUAUCCUACAGAUGUCACUAUGUUAAAGUUUCAUUAUAAAUAAAUUUGCUAUAUACUCUA